GCUGCGAGGCGCUGAGGGGAGAGGCGCCGCCGCCUGCGCCGCCUCGGGGACCCGUUAGAGCGGAAGCGCCGCCGCCGCCGCCUUCACUGUCCCGGGGACCCUGAUUCCCGGCAGGUGGGAGGCGGGAGCCAUGUCCAAGCGGCUUCGGAGCAGCGAGGUGUGCGCUGACUGCAGCGGGCCGGAUCCUUCCUGGGCCUCAGUAAAUAGGGGAACUUUUAUAUGUGACGAGUGCUGCAGUGUCCAUCGGAGCCUAGGGCGCCACAUCUCUCAAGUAAGGCAUCUUAAACACACACCGUGGCCUCCCACGUUGCUGCAGAUGGUUGAAACUUUGUACAAUAAUGGUGCUAAUUCUAUAUGGGAACAUUCUUUGCUGGACCCUGCCUCUAUUAUGAGCGGAAGACGUAAAGCUAAUCCACAGGAUAAAGUACAUCCUAAUAAAGCAGAAUUCAUCAGAGCCAAAUAUCAGAUGUUAGCAUUUGUCCAUCGCUUGCCUUGCCGGGAUGAUGACAGUAUGACUGCCAAAGAUCUUAGCAAGCAACUUCAUUCAAGCGUGAGAACAGGGAAUCUUGAAACCUGUUUGAGGCUGUUAUCUUUAGGAGCACAAGCCAACUUCUUUCACCCUGAAAAAGGAAACACCCCACUCCACGUUGCCUCCAAAGCAGGGCAGAUUUUACAGGCAGAAUUAUUGGCAGUAUAUGGAGCAGACCCAGGCACACAGGAUUCUAGUGGAAAAACUCCUGUGGAUUAUGCAAGGCAAGGAGGGCACCAUGAACUGGCGGAACGCCUUGUCGAAAUACAGUAUGAGCUGACUGACAGACUAGCCUUCUAUCUCUGUGGCAGGAAACCAGAUCACAAAAAUGGACAGCACUUUAUAAUACCUCAAAUGGCAGACAGCAGCCUGGAUUUGUCUGAAUUGGCAAAAGCUGCUAAGAAGAAACUCCAAUCCCUAAGUAAUCAUUUGUUUGAAGAACUUGCCAUGGAUGUGUACGAUGAAGUUGACAGGCGAGAGACUGAUGCAGUCUGGCUUGCCACGCAAAACCACAGCACCCUGGUAACCGAGACAACUGUCGUCCCCUUCCUUCCGGUCAAUCCUGAGUACUCUUCAACACGGAACCAGGGCAGACAGAAACUAGCUCGGUUUAACGCCCAUGAGUUUGCCACAUUGGUCAUCGACAUUCUCAGUGACGCCAAGAGGAGACAGCAAGGCAGUCCUCUUUCUGGUUCUAAAGACAAUGUGGAGUUGAUACUGAAAACGAUCAGUAACCAGCACAGCAUUGAGAGUCAAGACAAUGACCAGCCAGACUAUGACAGUGUGGCCUCAGACGAAGACACGGAUCUGGAAGCUACUGCAAGCAAAGCAAACAGGCAGAAGAGUCUAGAUUCAGAUUUAUCAGAUGGACCAGUCACUGUGCAGGAAUUUAUGGAGGUCAAAAACGCUCUAGUGGCUUCUGAGGCCAAGAUACAGCAGCUAAUGAAGGUGAAUAACAACUUGAGUGACGAGCUGAGAAUUAUGCAGAAAAAGCUUCAAACACUCCAGAGUGAAAAUUCGAACCUCAGGAAACAGGCCACAACCAAUAUAUAUCAGGUGCAAACUGGUUCUGAGUACACAGACACUUCCAACCACUCUUCCUUAAAGCGACGUCCGUCUGCCCGGGGCAGUAGGCCCAUGUCCAUGUACGAGACGGGAUCAGGUCAGAAACCAUAUCUCCCAAUGGGAGAAGUGACACCCGAAGAGAGCAGGACAAGACUCCAGCCUUUCCCCACGCACAUCGGGAGGAGUGCGCUUGUGACCUCCUCUUCAUCUCUGCCUUCCUUCCCCUCCACACUUUCCUGGUCGAGGGACGAAAGCGCCCGAAGGGCCUCCAGGCUAGAAAAGCAGAACAGCACGCCUGAAAGUGACUACGAUAAUACCCCCAAUGACACGGACCCAGAUGACACAGGGUCAAGCAGAAAGGGAAGGCAGAGGAGUAUGGUGUGGCAAGGCGAUGGCUCAGUACCAGACAUAGUGGAACCCCACACAGCCCCCAGCCCCAUCCUCCCCAGCACGGAAGACGUCAUCCGGAAAACUGAACAGAUCACCAAAAACAUACAGGAGCUCUUAAGAGCCGCUCAAGAAAAUAAACAUGACAGCUAUAUCCCCUGCUCAGAAAGGAUACAUGUAGCUGUUACCGAAAUGGCAGCAUUAUUCCCCAAAAAACCCAAGUCUGACACGGUGAGGACUUCCCUGCGCCUGCUGACAUCCAGUGCCUACCGACUCCAGUCAGAGUGCAAGAAGACCCUUCCCGGGGACCCCGGCCCGCCCACGGACAUCCAGCUGGUCACACAGCAGGUCAUCCAGUGUGCAUAUGACAUUGCCAAGGCCGCCAAGCAGCUGGUCACCAUCACCACCAAAGAGAACAACAACUGAAGAGCCCAGUGCCGGCCUUGUAUUUUCUAGGCUUUUUAAAGUCCACUUGCAAAUUGAGACGUGGAAUCCUGCCAGUUUUUACAGAAACAUUUAAUGAAAGUUUAAAACUUUUUUAAAAACUCAGUAUUAUUUUUGCAUGUUUUCUAACAAAUUUUUGACUAUUAAUUUAACCCACUUGCCUUAUUUUGUGACUGUUUGCCAGUUUCCUCUCUGAUGUUCUAUUGUGCUGCCAGUGAUUGUUGUUGAGUUGAUGGUCAUAGUCAUCCAAAAGCAUAGUUUCAUUGUUUCAAGUUUGUUAGAACUUUUCCAUCCCUUUAAAACUGCCUGUCUAGGGUUAAAACUAUAAAUGAGAUUUUUAGUGAAACAUUUUCUGGAGAGAGUUGGGUUAAAAAAAAAAAAAUCCACCUCAUCUCUUCCCUACAAAACAUUGUGCAGUAAUUUUCCAGCCCUAGUGCGAGAAUCUGUAAGUUUGGGGUGUCUCCAAACAUGGAUGUAGAAAAAGGACUUUUGCCCUCUCUAAAAGUAGUAUAACAGUCUCUUUUGGAAGGAAACAAUGUACUGUCCCAUUUCUUUUAACUAUUCUGUUAGAUGUUUUUAUAUUUGAUGUUUCUGUCUGGAUCUUCUGUCUCUAUUUUAUUAUCAUCCUAAGGUCUCUGUGAUGCCAGAUAAGCACUCAUCCCCCAUGUCACGUGUCAUUUGGCCCUGUCCAGGUAGGAGUGCUGCCACAUUGUCACACGUGGCUCAGCGCUCUGCCUUCCCACAGGAAACCAGAUGUGUCAUUCCAAACGUGGCAAAGAGGAGCCACGUCCCACAAGCCAUAGCUAAUUUUGUGCCACCCCAUUCAGAUAUCACUGCCGUAAACCGUGGGAAGAGAAGUCCUCUCCUUCCUGACAUGGUAAUGUAUCUCUUUCCCAGAACUCUGUACUCUAACCACUUAAAGCUUCCUCACACAGCCUAUUUGGCACAUCUCAUCACCUUUAAGGACGUCUUAUAAGGUAAGGUUUACACAAUCAUCUGAGUUUUUUUCUCCUCCAUUACCUCGCUGGUACUUAGAAAUUAGACCUCAUCUUUCACAAAUUCCUCAGAGUGUGCUCUAGCUGACGUCCAGCUAUCCCAAAGCUACGAAAGUAUAGGUUUAAGUUCUGGAACAUACUGACAUUGGUUUUUAAACUAAAACGUUCUUGUUCUGAAGGCUACAGCAUAUUCCUGUCCCCGGUUCUUGCAACAGUUUUGUGACUGGCUCAGACACUGACCGAGACCCGAGGGGCCAGGCAGCACUGAUGGAGAUGAAUGAAGUGGGCCAUUGGGGGAACAGUGACCUGCCCGGUAGAGACAGUGGCCUCCCAGCCCCACUCAGGCUACCCUGUGGAAAAGUGGGCCCGGGAUUGGCAGAGCUUUUUUUUUUUUAAGAGACCCCAGAAAUACGGAUUUUUUUGUGCCAUUUCUCUGUUAUAAACGUUGGUGAUGAAACAUUCUCGUAGCACACAUGUGGGUGAAGUUAACCCUACCCUGUGUUAAGUUGCUGGUAGUCCUCAUCUGACCCAUAUAUUCUGUCCCUUAGUGCUCAUUCAUACACGUGAAGAAGUCAAAGUAAUCACAGUUGCCUGAAUACAUGCUAAAUAAGCCUGUAUUUUCACAGAACUGUUUGACUCACAAAACAUCCCUAUAGCUUGACCGGAUGCUGUCGUGAAGGAAGCACUCUGAUGGUGUUUGGUUUACUAAGUCCUGCUGUGUGGAUGCUUUUGCCAGAUUUUGCUACGCUGAGUAGCAUAGGGAAAGGGUCCACGUCUCCAAAAGACUCAUCCGCUUGUCUGCACAAUCCUAAGUGCCACGUUCCUGUUGGAUGCCGAGGGGAUGCCUUCUACCUUAAAUUAAGUUUAAGCCCCAUCUGGUAGCCUUUCCUGCAUGCUGCACAUACUUAGCUGUCCCUCUUUCUUGCAAACACCUGCCCUCGUGUUGGGCCCAUGUGGGGGCCUUGGGAAAAGCCCAGUGGGCAUCCUGAGUUGGUGCCUCAGCCUCCCAGGGAAGACAGGCUUCUAAGUAAUGAGUCGUCUGCUGGGAGGUGAGGGGGUGAUGGUGGUGCAGGGGACAGCGUGUAGCGGUAUCUUUAUUGGAACACUCGAGGGUGGGUGAUGGAGGACCUUGCCUCUGUGCCCCUAGAGAAUGUCAAGGAGUGGGGACCAGAGAGCAUCUCCGGUUAUAAGAGUACCACAGAUGUUUGCUCUGUGAACCCACAGUGCCGGCGCUGCAGAAAAGUUCUGGGUGGAGUGACACGCCUCCCUGCAGUGCCCUGCACAUUUCCUUAGUCUCUUCCAAGACCCAGUCCUGUUGGCAAAUCGCACCUUGUCUCAGUGGCCAUUCACUACCUUUGCACAUGUGUUCCAUAGCCUUUGCACUAAUGCUCGCGCUCUCUAGCGUCCUUUUUUACUCUUAGUUCUCAAAUCUCCCCCCUGCCCACACACACACAAGCUGAUAGGACAGAUGUGCACUUUAUGAAACUGACACUUGCCGAAGGAGACAGCUCUGCCUUGCAGCUCCGUUAGCUGAAGACCUCCUCUGCCUCAGAACGCAAAUAGUGCUUAUUUGCCAAAGAAAAGGGAAUCGGGCCCAAAGAUCAAACACAUCAUUUCAUACGAUUGGAACCAUAGACACACACCUCAGGAGCUGUUACCCCAUUCCUCCAGUGAUUGAAGCUGCAGAACCAAGAGGGAGACUAGCGUGUGUCUAUCCACAGCAGCUGUGAGCUCUCCAGUCAUAGAAUGUUCCUUCUUGUCCCAAGUCAGCACCCUUGUUUUUACAAAAGAAAAUGCUGCAUAGGAAAAAUGAAAUGCCUUUCGUUCAAAUGUUUUUUAUCCACGUCACCCAUUAUUCUGUACUUCUGUGUAUUGUACAUUCUAUUCCUGUAAUUAUUGUACAACCCUGUAAGCGUUGUAAAAUCGUUUUGGAAUUUGUGCCUGCUAGUUAUGCAAUAAACAGGCUCUAUAGU